AUGUGGAUUAAUCUGUUUUCUCUAGAAUUCAUUGGCACGUUCGUAACAAUAUUUCUGUGUAUUGUUGGGACCGCGGCCUGGUAUUUGCACCAGCAACAUCUCAAGUAUGACCAUAUACCUGGACCUCCGCGAGACAGUUUCUGGAGUGGCCAUCUUCAAUCGAUCCAGAAAGUGGUUUCGAAAGGUGGCAUUUUCGAUGACUACAUUCUGGAACUAACCGAAACAUACGGAAUGAUAUUCCGGAUUUAUAUGUGGCAUCAGACGUUUGUCAUUGUUUCCGACCCUGAGCUUGUCAAGAAUGUCCUUGUGACCGGAAAUUAUCCAAAAUCUAAAGCGAUAUACUCCAGGUUAACACAUUUGUUUGGGACAAGAUAUGUCGGGAACGGACUUGAAAGUGAAGUUGAUCAAACAGUUUGGAUAGUCCAACGUAUGCAUUUCAAUCACUGGUUUAAACCACAUAAUCUACGUCAAUUCACUCCGGACUUCAAUGAGUAUGCCGACAGUCUUGUACACCAGCUGGGAAAGUAUGCGGACGGGAAAACGCAUACGCCCAUGGAGGAAUUGUUUCACAAAGUUACACUUCACCUGAUGUGUAAGGUUACGUUUAACUUUGAUCUUGGAACACUAGACAGUCCAUCUCAUCCUUUUGCAUAUUAUUUGGGAUUUACAUUAGCUGCAUUUUCAAAACAGAUGAUGAACCCAUUGUUCAGUAUGAACCCCUUUAAGUGGAAAUAUUGUCUUCAAGUUCGCAAUGCAGUAGCAAAGCUCAGGUUGUAUGCAAAAGAACGGAUAGCGGAGAGAAGAAACGAGAAACAGAGAGGAGUCCAUGUUCCUCAUGACUUGCUUCAAAGCAUCCUUGAGCUGAAAGAGCAAAACCCGUCACAGAUAACAGAGGAAAUUUUGUUAGACCAUUUCGUCUCAUUCCUCAUAGGAGGACAGGAAACUACAGCCAAUACUCUAAGUUUCAUGGUUUUCCUCUUGGCACAGAAUCCAGCAUGUUACAAAAAACUACAGGACGAAAUUGACACCAAUGUGGCGGCCGUUUCUGUAUUAACGUCUGCCGAACUUGACGACUUGCCUUAUCUGGAUAUGGUGAUGAAGGAAACACUUCGACUUUAUCCGAUAGUAAAACAAACAUUCAGAGAAACAGUCCGAAACGAAAGGCUUGGAGAGUUUUCACUUCCUGCCGGAACAGACAUAAUGGUUAGUUUUUAUGCCAAUGGCAGAUCUACAAAGACCUUGACGAAUCCUUCCCAGUUUCUACCGGAACGGUUUGACCCGAAAGCAAACGAAAGAGUUGGUACAUACGUAUAUACUCCAUUUUCAGCAGGGCCUCACACCUGCAUAGGGAAGAAAUUUGCAGAGAUAGAAACAAAGAUCAUAAUGGCUAAAAUCAUCCAAAACUUCGACUUCGAGCUAGUACCAGGUCAACCCAUGGGUGUUAUUGAUUGCGGCACUCUUCGAAUAUUAGGUGGCGCCAAAUGCUUUCUGCGACCAAGAACGGCGAAAUAGGGGCAUAUGUCAACACUUAACGAAGAAGAUGUGGACACCAUGCAACAAACAGUACGCAUGCUACAUAGCCUAUAGACCAUAUACAAGUACACACUAGGCCGAACUCAUACUACAUUCAUGUAUCAUGUUGGCUAUACACUAUGCCUGCAGCAUGUUGAGUAUAUGCAUAUCAAAUACAACUUACAAAUCAUCGAAAGUAUAUACAGUAUGCCCUAAAAACGCACUGCGCACAGCAAAUAUUGUAGCAUAGUCUAUAAACAGCACACAUCUACACAAAAUAUGUAUACACAACAAACAGUAAUAAUGAUAUACAUCAGUCCAUAACAGCGCAUUCACAUAGACAUAGACAUAGGUAUUCUAUUAAAGUCUCACCUUUCAAUCAUACAUAAUAUAAACACAAAUACAUAUUACAUAUUUACCAAGAUUUAACGCCAUUUUAUCAAGAAUUACUAGAAGUGUCACAUCUACAACUUUACAUAUGUAUUUGUCGCACGAUGCAUAGUACUGUGCACAGCAUGACAAACAAUAGAUAAUCAUCCCUAUUAACAAUAGAUAGUCAUCCCUUUUAACAAUAGAUAGUCAUCCCUAUUAACAAUAGAUAGUCAUUCCUAUUAACAAUAGAUUCGAGGUGUACAUCGUUUAUUAUCAUUUAACAUAUGUACAUGUAUAUACAGAUUUAGAACUAUGUAUAUCUACACAGUAGUUGAUUCACUCAUAAAGAAAUAGAGCUCUUCUAUCCAAUAUUAGCUUGCAGGCUGUACUAUAUUCACUGGGAUAAAUUUCAUAUAAUCAUACACACUAUAUAUAUUAUAGCAAAUACAUGUGUGUCAUGACCAGUAAUCAGUAUACAGUGAUAAAGCAAACCCAUCGUAUACAUUAUGUACAGCAUCCAUAUCAUUAGCAGGAUACAUAUCAUUAGCAGGAUACAUAUCAUUAGCAGGAUACAUAUCAUUCACUUUAACAUGUUAACUAUAUUGAAUUUGUAAUUACAUGUAUUUUCAACCAAUACAAGCGUUUUCAUAUCAAUAUCAGGUGUUGUUGUUUUAUAAUAUAUAGGGAAUAGAGAGAAAAACAGACAGACAAACAGACAGCGGCAGACAGGCAAACGGUCACAGACGUAUUUGACAGACACAUGCACAUACACAGACAGACUGUUUAAGGAACAUGUUUAUUACACUGAAGUAGGACAUCAUAGUUAAUGCUUCUUUGAAAAAGGCCCGUUAGAAUUUUAAAGAAAUAUAGAUGUAAAUUUCAUGUACACCUAUUCACAUGCUCAUAUCUAUUUAUAGAUUAUAUAGAUUGUAGAUAAAUAGAAUAUAUAGAUUGUAGAAAUAUUACAAACGCGAAAAUUUCGACGCCGUGAUCAGUUAAAUGUGUAACAACGCAACAAUUUCACACGCGAAAACUUCCACUCUUACCGUUUUAAUCUAGUUAUUAGUCACUAUGUAAGUGCAUAUUUUCAUAUUAGAUAAAGGUCACUGGCGACCAUCGCAUGUAAAUAUACUUCAUAGACACCAUUGGAAUGUAUAUAAUAAGAUGAUUUAUUAUCCUAUGAUAUCUUCAUAUGCAGUAUCUAUGACACUGAUGGGUCACCGUAUGACUGUACAUCUUGGCGACCAGAUGAGGUCACUUUUGUGUAAAUUUAAAGGUCACCGAAUGUAUGUAGGUAUAUCAAUACUAAAACAUAAAUAUGUUACUAGAAAGAGGCAAAAGAUAAUUACAUCUAUUGCCAACUUGCUUUUUAAGUAGAAAAUAGAGAACAGAUUAUUUAAACUUUUCACAUGGUAUUACUGUUAGUUUAACAAACAUUACACAUGAAAGAAUUGCAAAGAUUUGCUCCAUUAUACAUUGUAUACAAUGGGUCAACAAAAUAACAGUGUACACAUGGACCAGAACUACGCCUGUAUUCAUUCAUGCAUAAAUACAUUAAGUAGUGUUUGUAUGUAAAAAAGGAUAAACGCCCUUAGCUCAACCUGUUUAUUUCAUAGGUUGAGAGUUGUAAAAUGCGAUAUUCACUAUAUAUAACAGUGUUAAUUUUGAAAGACUGACGUCCCAAGGCCAUAUAAAAGACCUUGGCCAGUAUUUGACCUCUAUUUGUUCGUUAUAUUUUUCAAUUAUGUUCUUGUGGCGAUUUGAAUCACUGGUCAUAGUUAUUAGGGACAUACAAAAGUUAUAUUGACUGAGAAGAAAUUGAGACAGAGAAGAGGUUAGGAUCAAUA